ACCCGCAGUGUGUCCUCAUCACCAUACGGACGCACACACGUGUGGAAGCACCGCCAACGUACGCUACCCAAGCCGUUCGUCCCCCAGUUUCCGCAGCGUGUCGUGCGCGCAGACGGUUCUACUUUCACUCACUACACGACCUCGCCGCGGAGCGCACACCGCCUCACGCGCGACACGACGAACAAUCCGCUCUGGAACGCAGCAAAGUGGACCGCCGAGAGCGAGGAGGAGGAUAUCGUCACCGGCCGGCUGGGCAGGUUCAACCGACGCUUC